AUAUACUGAAGAUUUUGGAAUACAUCAAAAUUCUGCCACCGGGAAUACCUCAAAGAUAUGAACAUAUUCGAAAUGUUUUUAAUUUAAAUAACCGGGGAUCAGAUGCUGUGAUUUUGACUCUAUCAGACGUGGCGGAUUUGGUACAGACCUUAGAAGUUAUACUGCCGCGAUUUCAAGAUAAUCCUUUAAAUGUGAGUCCUGAAUUGGUACAGAAGGAUUUUGAAUAUUAUAUUUUCAAGGGAAUAUCAGAAGUUGGAACGGUGAAUAUUAUUCCGCCUGUGACCACAUGCUGCGGUCAAUUAAAGAAGGUUGGACAAAAAGUUUGCAAUGUAUUUCGAUCCAGAUUUAAACCAGCGGUUGCAGUUAUGUACGAAUUGAAAUGCAGCAAAUGCAACACUGUGUAUAAAUGCAGUACCUACAAGAAGAAAAGUAUUGAGCUUUACUACUCUGAUGUUUUAGAGCAAGAAUAUUUUGCGUCCACAUGCGACUCGGUAUUUUCCAUGGAAUUACUAAGGAAGGUUGAUAUUGACUUAUACAGGAAAUCAGCUUCAUUUGAAGGAAUUGCCUAUGCCUAUAACGACGAACACUUGGGGUCAGAAUGGAUGAAUUUAGAUAAAAAUACUGAGGUAAUGGAUAGAAGACGCCUGAGCGAGGCAUGGUACAAGAAAACCUUUCUAGAGAUAAAAGGAAAUUAUGGGAUGCAACAAAAUAUCGAAUAUAUUUCAUCUGAAAAACUGGAAGACGUGCUUGAAACUGAAAUGAAUGGCCAAUGGAGGACAUUUUCAGUCAAAUGGUCCUCAUCCUUCCAUACCGACAAUUGCAAACACGAAGAAUGCUGCAAAGCAAUUGUUAUAGACGGGCAUAUGAAAGGAACACGUUCAGUGUGCGCGGCUACGGAUGUAAGAACGACAGAAUCCGAAGAGCUUGGUAGCAUUUCCAUGGGUUGCUGGAAAAUGCCAGUGAAAGGAUCACUAUUUUGUGCUGCUCAUAAGAAUGCCAAGAAACCGGAAAAGAAUGAGGCAACGGCUCGAGGUCAGACUGAAGAUUAUUCGGAAUGUAAAACCCUUAAAGAGAAAGGCCAUCUUCAAAAGUAUAAAAGUGCAGGAGUGUGUGCGUCAGUCUAUAACUGCGGCAUUAUAAAUGGUAUAAGAGAGUUGUACGGUUGUGAAUCUCUUACUCAGGUGUACAUUUUUUUGAUAUGGUUGGUAAAGGUGUUAGAAUGUUUCCCAAAUCUUCUUGCAUACGACGAUGCCUGUCACUUAAAAAAAUUCAUUAUGAAUCCCAUCAGAGCAGAAAAAACCGAAUAUUCAAUAUUUUUGAAGAACUUGAGAAUUGUAGUGGAUAAAAUGCAUUUUGUAAAUCAUGUUGAUAAAUGGUGCAGGAGAAAUGUUAAUCCAUACACAGAUGAUUUAUUUAAAAACAUUAAUACUGAAGCAUGUGAACAAACAUUUCAAUUUAUUGCGAAAUUCAAGUUCGCAACCAAACAUAUGUCCUAUGGUAAGUACAAUUUAUUCAUGCUUAAAAUAUCAGAAAUGUACAAUAUGGAUAGACUUGUUAGAAACAGGAAAAAAAGUAAAAUUUCCAGUACAUGUGUGAAUUGAAUGAGGAGAUGGAGUUAUUAAACAUCAUGAAAUUUACCUAGCUAUAAAUGUUUUAUAUGACUUUGAAGCUUAUUAGGUAAACUAAUUUAUGCGCUGCUAUCACUUAUUUACAUGUAUGUACAUGUAGUACUUAUGACAAUAUGUUUAUAAUUAUGUAUGUGAGAUAAUGUAUUAGUCAUAUUAUAAGCAAAUGACAAGUAGGACAAAUAUAUCUGUGUAUGAAAGCAUGAGUAGGUCUUUAUGAUAAGUUAAUGUUACC